AACAGAGGUUCCCAGAGCUCCCCGCAAUGAAGAUGCUUCUGAGCCUGAUAGCUCUGCUCUCUGCUGCCCUGUCAGCCAACGCGGCCCCUCCAACUUGCUACUCGAGGGUGUUGUCUCUGAGCAAAGAAAUCACAGAGUCUUUUAAGGAGUUACAGACCUCCAAAGCUGAGGACCCAUGUGUGGAGACGCUGCCCAGGCUGUACUUGGACAUACAUAAUUACUGUGUCUUGGCAAAACUCCGUGAUUUUGUGGCCUACCCCAGAUGUGAGAAAGUGCUUGAAGUGAGUGAGCUGAAGGAAAAAGCCCGGAGCCUGUACACCAUCAUGAUCUCCUACUGCAGAAGGGACUUGGUGUUCCUCACUGAUGACUGUAGUGCCCUGGAAAAUCCUGUUCUGGCUCCCAUUGAUCCCUCCAUCAUUGAGAGCUAAAAUGGAGUCAACACAAAAGUUGUACCUGGGAAAUCUUCAAGGAGACAAAGAGUCAAAAUAUGUAUACACGGUCAACUACGAUGUUAACAACUAAGAUCUUUUUCAUGCACACUAGCAAUAUUAUCUCAGACCUACCCAUUUUUCUCCGCCUUGGC